AUGGAAGAAAUAAAAAUGAUGUUAAUCAAUAUGCAGCAAGAAAAUAGGGAAACAAAAUCUGAGAUGUUGGCAAUGAAAGAAGAUAUAACAACAACCAUUAUAAAUAAUUUAAAUGAAAAAUUUACAUAUUUAGAGACAAAACAGAAUCUUUUGGAAACUAAACUUCAACAACAAAAUACAGCAAUAAAGAACUUCGACAGAUAUUUGCGACGAAAAAAUCUGAUUUUGUUUGGUGUAGAGGAACAGGAAAAAUCAUACCAUGACUUAGAAAAGACAGUUAUCGAAUUUAUAAAUGAAUACUUUAACCUCCAGUAUAAUAAUUGCAGUAUAGAAGAUGUCAGAAGAUUGGGAAAAAAGAAAGACGCGAUUAGACCCAUAAAAAUUACUUUCACUACAAUGGGUUUAAAAAUAAACAUCUUGAGAAAUAAGAAACUUCUGAAAAAUACGCCAUUCUACUUCAAAGAAGACUACCCAUUAGAUAUCCUAAAUAAGCGUAAAGAGUUAUUAGUUCAAUUAAAAAAAGAAAAACAACUUGGCCAUAAGGCCUACAUCAGAUAUGACAAACUAAUUGUAUUAAAGAUAAAGAUCAACAAGUCCUUCAUAGACAACCAAAUAAAAGAUAUCUAUCUGAAUCUCCGGAGACAAUACAUGUUAAAAACAAAUUGCAAAAUCAAAAGAAAAAAGAAACAAAUAAAAACAAUAAAGUCUCAAGCAUUAAAGAUUUUAUUAUUCAGAAGCCAAAUCAAGUUUAUAAUCACGUCAUCAACCCUCAAGAUCAGCAUGAGAACGUCACACAAGUCAAUAAGCAAUGAAAAUUACAAAAUUCCCCUCCAACUCCACGUCUCCCAUUACGGUUGGUCACCGCGGGAGAGUCCGACCAUAACCCCCCAGAAAAACUUACCAGUAACAGACAUUCUAAAAAUUAUCUAUUACACAUAG